AUGAGGGUCCUGCUCUCAAUCCUGGGGGUCUUCGCCUUGUUAUCCAUAGUUCCUCUGGCCAGAAGCUCCCUUGGGAACAAGAAGUGCUCUUCAGUGUACCUUCACUGCAAAAUGAGGUGUGACGCUAACGAAUAUGCAGUCAAGUACUGUGAGGACUGGACCAUCUGCUGCUUGGUAAAGAAGAAGGAAGUGAAGAAGAAAAAGAUGUGGUGA